CCCCUUUUCUUGCCUAUUCUCCCCUUUUCUCCCCUUUUCUUGCCUAUUCUUUUCUUGUUGGAGUCUGUCGAUUGAAUUAUACUCUUACGGUAGUUAAAAAUCCCGAUGCCGAGCAAGGCUGAUGUCACGUGCACCGGGCGCUUACGUGAGCCUGGCCUCGACGGGAGCGGGAGGUACAGGUACUCAGCCUGCCUGGCUGCCACCCAGCGACCAGUACUAGGAGUACGUACUCAACUCACUCACUGUGGCUAGCCUCACAUCAGCUUACGACUGCUUUCGGCGCAGACGCAGACGCAGACGUCAAUUGUUCCGGUGGUUCCGCUCAUGUUGCAUCAACAGUGGCUUGGCUUUAUUUGUGUGUCUGGUGGGCGUCUGGUGGGCGUCGGUGGGCGUCGGUGGAUAUCAUAGGUAUCAUAAUAGCAUGUACACCCCCUACUCGCCAGCGAAGGCUGUGCUGGCUGGGCGGCUUGUUGAUAACCAACCAAACCUCAAACCUGAGACUUGGGUCUCCCCAAACCAAAACUUAACCCUCUUACUAUUAUGCUGUGCUGUUCCCUCAUUCCUCUCUCUAACACAUCCUUACUCUGUUAAUAUAUUCUCCCAUCGUUUUCUACAGCAUCUAUUAUUCCUUUGUCGCUCGUUAAAUCAAAAGGCUUUGUACGCCUGAAACAUACCAAGACCCCUAGAGCGCCAGGACACCACACCUUGCUGGGGACAAAAAAACGAAACCAACAGACACUCGCUGCAUGACCGGUAUAUACGUGCUAUUUAAUCGCCCUGGGUUGUUGGGCUAUUCGUCCGUUGCUCGCCGAAGUCGGGCGUGUGGUCUCAGGUGUAUAUAGCGUCAUAUUCUGUGCGUUAUGAGGUUAUUAAGAUGCGUCGCGGCGGCCCUCGUCAGCGCCGGCUUCUCCCAUAUCGCCCAAGCACAUUCCGUCAAACGAGCUCCUCUCUCAUAUCUUUCGAUUGUCGAUGAACCGGUAAUACACACGCCGUCGCAUCGUGUACAUGCAUACUCCUCUUUCGAUCUUUCGUUCCAUCUCCAUGCCCGGCAGCAGUAUAUCAAGCUGACGCUGGACCCCAAUGACGACGUUAUAGUCGAGGGGGCAACGGUGAACUAUAUUGGGGCUGAUGGGCAGGUGCGGGAGGUGGAACUGAUAGAGCGGUCGGACCACAGGGUUUUCAAGGGUCAUGCGUGGGUUCGCACUCAUGAGGAUACACAAUGGACACACGCGGGAUGGGCGAGAGUGGUGAUACAUCGGGACGGCGUGGAUCCGCUUUUUGAAGGAGCAUUCAGGAUCGAUGGGAACCAUCAUCAUAUUCACCCGAGGAAUUCAUACGUCGCGACGAAGCAUGAGUUGGACCCGUAUGUGGAGGAUGACCGAGAGGAUAUUAUGGUUGUCUGGAGGGAUUCCGACAUCACGCCUGAUGAAUCCAACAGGGGAGAGCUCAAGAGAGAUGUGAAUACGGGGUCGUGCUUGUCGGAUGAUCUGAUAUUCAACUUGAUGCCCGAGCAUCCAGUGUAUAAUCAAGUGUAUUCUCAGUCUCCUGUCCUGAGGAGGGGCGAAUCCUACUGGGGAUCCAUCUCCUCAGGAUCGAUAUUCGGCAGAGACAUCGACCCCACCGGAAACCUACCUGGAAACGGAGCGGCUGUCAACCUCAUGAACAGCAUCGGAAACCCAGCCGGCUGUCCCACCUCCCGAAAGGUCGCCCUGGUUGGAAUCGCAACGGAUUGUACAUACACCAAAUUCUUCAACUCGUCGUCAUCAGUACGCGCCAACAUAAUCACGCAGAUGAACUCGGCAUCAGUGCUGUACGAGGAGAGCUUUAACAUCUCUCUCGGGAUCCAGAACCUCACAAUCACCGACGGUACAUGCCCAGGAGUCUCGCAGGUCAACACACCAUGGAACCGAGACUGCAACUCUGGUCUUCAGAUCCAAGACCGCCUCAAUCUCUUCUCAGCCUGGCGAGGCGCGAGCCAAGAUACCAAUGCCUACUGGACCCUCCUCACAACCUGCGGCACCGGCUCCGCCGUCGGCCUCUCCUGGCUCGGCCAAGCCUGCGUCAACACCGCCCAACCCUCCACCCAAGGCGGCUCCAACGACACCGUGUCCGGCGCCAACGUCGUCGUCAAGACAGACACGGAGUGGCUCGUCAUCGCCCACGAAGUCGGGCACACCUUCGGCGCCGUCCACGACUGCGACUCCACCACCUGCGCGGACGGCAAAACAGUCGCAGCGCAACAAUGCUGUCCCCUCUCCAAAAACUCCUGCUCAGCGGGCGGCAAAUACGUCAUGAACCCCUCCACCGGCGUGGGAAUCACGAAUUUCUCGCCCUGCAGCAUCGGCAACAUCUGCAGCGCCAUCGGCGGACAAUCGGUGAAGACGAACUGUCUGACGAGCAACCGCAACGUCCCCACCAUCACCGGCUCACAGUGCGGCAAUGGCAUCGUGGAGAUGGGCGAGGACUGCGAUUGUGGCGGCGCGACAGGGUGUGGCGAUAACCCCUGUUGCAACCCCACGACGUGUAAAUUCAAAACCCAGAACAACGCCGUCUGCGACCCCUCAAACGAAGAUUGCUGUCUCUCCACCUGCCAAUUCGCUACCCAAGGCACCAUAUGUCGCGCCUCGACGAGCGACUGCGAUCCCCAGGAAACGUGUUCCGGAACCGCCGCCUCGUGUCCGGCGGAUACGCACGCGGAUGAGGGAUCGAGCUGUGGUGCUAGCGGUGACGGACUGACCUGCGCGAGCGGACAGUGCACAUCGAGGGAUAAACAGUGUAAGACUCUUAUGGGACCGCAGUACUACCAGUGCAGCGACGAUGGGUGCCAGCUCUUUUGCGCGACUGACGCCUCGCAAUACUACUGCGAGGGGCUGACCCAGAAUUUCCUCGACGGAACGAAGUGUGGUGGGGGAGGGAAAUGCAGUAACGGUGCCUGCAAGGGGUCUACUGUCGGCGGACGCAUAAAGGAGUGGGUGGACCAGCAUAAACCCCUCGUUAUCGGCCUUAGCGCCAGCGUCGGAGGACUACUGUUAUUGGCGAUUAUCAGCUGUAUCUUCAGCUCCUGUAAGCGCAGGAGUCGACAGCGGAAGUACGCCCCUAAUGCGCCUCCUCCACCGAGAGGGCGGGCGGGCUGGGCGCCACAGGGACAGGGGAGGGGGUAUGCGGUUGUGCCGACACCGCGGAUGCAGCAGCGAGGCAUGGGGGGGAUGGGGAUGGGCGCGCCGCCGCCGCAGUAUGAGUAUGGCGCGGGCGGGCAGCAGUAUGAUGGGCAGUGGAAUGUGCCGCAGAGGGCGUAUGGGGGGGCGCCGGUUAGGUAUGCGUAG